AUGCGUUUGAUACACCAUACGCUCUUUCUUCUUCCAUCACUUUCGUUCAUUCUCUUAUUACAGACUUCCAUCAAUCGUUUACUCUUCUCUUUCUCAAAAAGUACCUCUUUCUUUAAUAAUAAACCUUCGUCCUUCCAUUGCUCACUGCCCACCAUUCGUCAACCCCUCAUCGUCACGAUUCCAACGACAGCUACUUCUUCACCCAUAAUGCCGUGGUGAUCUUUUCAUAUAAAACCAUCUGGUAAAGGCUAUCUUCCAAACAAGUCCAAAUCAAACACUCUUCUUUCCCAUUCGACUCUGUACUUUCUGUCCCGUUCAGUCAACGGGUGAAUUUUCACUUUCAUUUCAAACGCAGUGCAAUUUUGCGAUAACACUACAACCUGUACAUCAAGAGAAGAUACUUGUUUGUUUUCGUUGUACCACCAAAUACCUUGACCGCAUACAAUAAUAAUAUCGUUCAUCGCAAAAGAUUCUGUCUCAUUUAAAAUGCGGGGUCUUAAAAUGCGAAUCAUUAUCCCAAUAGUCCUGUACUUCGCAGGCCAUGCGACUGCAGACUGUGAAUGCGGCUAUUCAUCCUCCAUCGGCGACUCUGCGGAACCCUACAUAUUUACUGAUCUUAUCGAGUCUGACUUCUUGCACAUUCCCAAUAUCACUCUUGAUACGGACUGGAGACGACAACAGUUUAAUAUGACGGCUGCUGCUGGACGUGGUCCUUACGGCAUGAACUACAGCAUUGAACAGGUCACGUCAAAUCCUAUACUUGAUGAGAAUACAUGGUCUGGAGAUGGGAAAUUUGGUGUUGAUCCUGGUGUACAGCUUACUGUUAGUGGAGGUGAUCCUGCCAAUGGAUUUGUUCAGACUGCGGAGAUAGAUUCGGCCCGUGAAGAUUUACUCUGGGGAACAUAUAGAGCUGCUAUGAAAUUGACUCUAACUCCUGGUACAUGUGCUGCUUUUUUCUGGUACUUUAACGACAGCCAAGAAAUUGAUAUGGAGUUUCUUUCUUCCCAGUUCAACGUCGACAACAACACAUUCCCUGUCAAUCUUGUUCUACAAUCGGUGCAGUCAGUCCAAGCUGGCUACAACGCUGCUGGUACUGGCAACUAUGUUGUGGCAAACCUUCCCUUCAAUCCGACCACUGGCUACCAUGAAUAUCGCAUCGAUUUUAUCCCAGGAAACGUCAUAUUUUACGCCGAUGGACAAAUCCUGGCAAAGAUGAACAGCACCGCGGUUCCGACAUCUCCUGGUCAUAUGAUUAUCACACAAUGGAGCAAUGGGAACCCUUUGUGGUCCUCAGGUCCACCAUCACACGAUGCGGUCAUCUCCGUUAGCUAUGUGAAAGCCUACUUCAAUUCCUCGGAUCCAAUGCGCGAGAUAGGUCUGACAAAACGAUGCAAAGACCCUAAAGCUGAAAAUGCCAUUUGUGCCAUUCCAGACCAAACUUCAGCCCCCAAUCCGGAUGGAAACAAUGGUAGUGUUUCAGCAAGUACAUAUUUCUUCAGCAACCAAAAGAACGAGACGAACAAUCAGACAGUGUACAAAAAGAGCGAAGCUACCACAGCAGCAACUGCUGGACCUCAUGGCUCGAUAUCUCUUUUCCUUCUCCUUUUUAUGAUCGCCAUCGCCUUGCUAUGAAAGUCCAUUUUAGGUUCAGAUAAGGCGUCCACCUUUGUGCUCGUGGGAAUUUUCCUUCCUUGAACAACAGCUUUACAAAGCAUUUGAUUCUUGAUUUCAGGGGCCAUAACAGGAGAAUAGGAGUUGAGGUUAACUUGGGAAUUGCUUUUUUUCUAGAACCGGAUGGGAUACCCAGAUCUUAGGAGGAAUGGCGCUAUUGCUUGAUCAUUGUAUUACACAUGCCAUAGUAGAGACGAUGGUUAUGCGUAUAUUUGUAUCUAUCCAGCCCAAGGGAACAUGUAGAUCAAAGGUCAGGAAACCCUGGUUACUAAUCGAUACGUCUUGCUCAACAAGGGUACUUAAUAAACCAAACAAUAAUUUUAGAGGGUUUCUGGAUUAGCCAUUAGAAUGCAAGCAG